AUGGUGAGAAAGAUGAUACUGGAGUUUCCGUGGGAAACGUUAGACCCAAGAAGUUUAGGGGGCAAAUCGAGCAGCGAGAAAGCAGAUUCGAGUCUUGGAAGUAGCGACUCCGUCGGCAAAAACGACCUCAUUCACCUCAGACUUCUCAAUCGACCAUCCGCUCAACACUUGUACGAAGGAUACUUUACUCAUUUCGAGUAUAACGUAGGCUUCUUAGACCCUGUGCUAUAUACCUUCGACUACACACGGCAAAGGUCAAGCUUCUUGUUCACCGUCCUAAUGUCAAUAUCAGCGCGGGUGUUUCGUCCAGACCUGGCCCCAGUCUUGAGAAACCAUGCGGAAACACUCCUGGGCAAAGUGUUGCUCUCAUGUGAUGCAGAGAUUGAAAACAUCUGGGCCAUCGUGUGCAUGUAUUACUGGAAAGAGCUCGGAGACAAGCGAGGCUACACGUUGAUCGGCUUCGCAAUGCGACUUGCAGCAGCGUCGGAUUGGCAUGGCGGGCGUCGAAACGCUUACACUGGGUUUGAUGAGACUACCAAUAGAAUCAAUGCUAAAUUAAGAGAGGUGGAAGCAAGAAAGCUCAGAGAUCAGGACAGAGCUUGGCUAUACCUUGGCAGCCUGGAUAGAACGCUCUCGUUCUUUACUGAUCGGCCCAUUGCAAGCAUUAUUAUUGCUCCCGACCUGGGCUGUCGAGGCUGGCUGAGAACCAGCAACCCCUGGACUUAUCCAUUUGGCGAUGCAAGAGCCAUGGCGGGCCAGGAGCUGACAGACAUCGCAAAGCCCGUACACGACUACAUAUGCUCAACUCGUACACCGCGCUCACGUUCAGACGAUACGUCGGAUCUUUCCAACGCCAUACACAAAUUGAAUGAUGAUUUGAUCGCUUGGUCCGCAUACUGGGCACCGAUAUUUGCAUCGCACGAAACCUCUGUAAAGAUUCUCGAAUCACAAAUCUACAUGUACGGAAACCAAAUCCGCACAUACUUCAACUCGAUUCUCCUACACCGCGUGCUGGAAUCUACGGGUAACUGCGUCACCAGUGAAAAGGCUACGGAUGCAAUAAGAGCCUGCUAUACUACGGCUCUGAAUGUGCUUCGGGAAGCUAUCAAUUUCGGAAAAAUGGAAGUCCUAUACUAUCUGUGGGAUACGGCACAUCUUAUGAUUGCUUAUGCUGCCAUGGUUUUGCUCAAGUUGCUGAAGCAGGCGCCGUACUGCCCAGGUGUAUCCGUACAAGAAGCUUACAGCAUUUUACAAGAGGCAGCAGAUGUCCACAGCUCUGCAGCAAGGUCGCUAUCCGCGGAAUCUGAUCAAACCGUCGAGUCCGUGUACACAGUCCCGGCUACGACCACUGUGGAAGCUCAAGCCCGACUACUGAAAUCGAUAUUAUUUAGAAUCAAGGCUGACACAAUACCGCCAAGUCUCCGUCCAGCACAUCAUUCGAGCGCUGCCAGCAGUGGAGAGGCAUUUGAUAAUUUGUUGCCACUCUUGAGUUACCAGGGCACUUCAUCCUCUUUUCCGCAGUUGCAACUACAACCUGAAAGCAGCGGGGAGGCUGUGACAACUGGCUGCAAUUCAAAUGUGGACAAUGAGUGGAAUGAAGCCCAGCAGAUGGCGGAAUUGACAAACGAAAUGGACUUGUCUCUCGACUCGUCUUUCAUCGAGAACUGGUUCACACAAGCGGGAUUACUUCCCUGGGACGAGCCGGGCAUAUUCAAAGAACCUAGAUGA